AUGUUUUUUCAAACAUUUUUAUUUACUAAAAAGAUAUGGAAAAGAAUUUAUAAAAUUAAUCAAUCUCAUUUUACAACUAAAAUUAUUUUGAAAGAAUUUAUAAAUAAAUAUAGAAAGAAAUUAGAGCAAAAAGUGGAAGAAGAAGGUCUUUCAUCUAUUCAAGAACUUUUCGAAAAAUAUACUACAAAAUCAAACAAAGACACUUCAAAAACAUUACCAACAUCCUGCUUUAUACAAAAAAAUCAAAAUAUAACUCAAAAUAAUACUGAAAUACCAAAUAAUAAUAAAGUCCAUAUCAAAACAUUAUCAUCAUAUAUUGAUGUAGAAAAGUUACAAUUACAUAGUAUUAAAGAGAUAGAACUAAUAUGGAAAGCUCGUCACAUUCAAAAUGAAUAUAAUCACUGUGGAAUAAUAUCUUCAUUAAAAUUUAAUAUAAUGGAAAAAAAUGCAAAGAAAUAUAAUAUGUUUAUUCUUCCUAUAAAUCAGCCACAGGGAAUCGAAAUGCACUUUCUUCAAUGGUUCAUCACAAAUAAAUUUACUAAAUAUAUACUUAUUACCUCACUUUUAGAAUACAAAGUUAAAGGAGAAUUUGCAAGACCCCAUACAUUUUUAUCCUAUCAUACAGAUCUAUCUUCAGACAAAAAUAUAGUUUUAAUGAGAGGAGAACUUGAAAAAGACAGGGGAAUAACAAUGAAUAAUCUUAAAACAAUAAUAUUUCAAAUUGAAUCUUUUUUUUCAGCAAUUAAAGAUAAUCAAGAAGAUUUAUUAAAAUUAAAACUUUUAGAAGAAUUUAAUAACGGAAAAAACUUUGAUGUAUCUAUUUUAAUUAAUGAAUGUAAUAAACUACACUAG